CAGCCCCGCGCGGCAGUGGUGAGCGAGAGGCUGUGUCCGCAGCUGGAAGUCGCGGUGGGCCAAGGAGUAUAAUAAUCGAGCUGUUUGGUUGGUGCUGGGAAGUGAUAACGAGUCUUUCACUACAGUAUUUUGUUUGGAGUAAGUACCAGUAGAUGUCCUCGUGCAAGCUUAAUUUGUCAUCGCACUCCCAUGAGGCUGAAGUGCUGAGGGUUACAGCCAUUCACUACACGCGUCUCUAAAGGAGGUUCAAGUGUUUCAAACAACAACUUCUGCUGCCUGGUGGUGGUGGAGGCUUCGCGCACCUCUCAGCGUCUCCACUUUUGCCUCGGGUGCACUGCGUCAAGGUUGGUGCUCGGUGGAUACUCUAAGGUUUGUAAGGUUUUGUUAUGCUAAUUGUAGUAUAGCGGGUGUUCCCUCGCCGUGACUAGUCAGGUGAAUGGCGGUGCGAGGGAGAAUGUUGGCUUGUUGAAUGCAGUUUGUGGUUAAGAGAAAAGUUUUGGGCCUGUUGAACUUCCGCUUUGACUCAGAAUUUAAACUUAGUACGUCUCUCCGAUUCUUGAAGAUGUGUUGGGUACGGUGUUAGUUUUGACAACAGACUCUUCACCUCGGGACGCACGCCUGUCUGUGGUACCUGUGUUCCUGCAGCUUAUCUUCCCCAUCAAGGUGUUAAAAUGUUCAGUGUAUGUACGUCUAUAAUUUCCUUCAGACUGUGUUUGGAGUCCCCUCGCCCCGCCGUGUGCCCAGGGGAGGCUGAGGGUCGCAGGUCACCAGUGAGGCAGCCAUGGGGACCGACGCCCCGCCAAAUCUUGCUGUUCCUGAUGCUGGACGCCCAUCACCAUGCGCCUCCCACUCCAAGAAAGUUGUGAAGAGGAAACCCAGUGAGGCAGGAAGGAGUGUACCGGCGAGGGGAGCUGAGUGUGUGGUGGAGGUGCUGACGGAGCUGGGCAGUGGCGGGCGAUCCCAGGCGGCCAAGGAGGCGCGGCUGGCGGGGGCUAAACGAUCAGGGGCGAACAGAGCAGACCGCCUUCAGGUUCGUCUCAGUACUCUGGAGGCUGAGGUGGGGCGCCUGCAACACCGGGGCCGCCAGCUGGAUCACCACCUGUCCAGAGUCUUGGCACAGGGGUCGCUGCUCACCUCCACCAUUGAUGAUUUCCAUCUGAGACUCGAUGCCCUGGCGAGGUCCCACAAGGCGCUGAGUCGUGCAGCGCAGCAGAAUCCUAAACCUUCUGAGCGAUAUGGCGUGAAAAGUCAGUGAUUUGGACAGUGUUUGGUCCCGCCUCGAUAGACAGUGUUUGGGCCUUGUUGUUCGUCUGUGUUGUAUUAUCUGUAAGACCAGAUGAUGUUAGGUUGACAAGACCACGUACAGUUGUUAGAAAUGCAGGUGUGAAAAGUCAGUGAUUUGGAUAGUGAUCUUGUUUCGUUAGUGUUUGGUAUCGCCUUGUUGUUCGUCUGUUAGGUUAUCUGUAAGACCAGAUGAUGUAGUUAGGUUGACAAAGCCACAUAGUUAUUAGAACCUAAGAUUCCUAAGAACACAAGGAAAGCUGCAAGAACCCAUCUCGCCUACACGUGGCAGUCUCUGUUUAAACAAACCAUGCCUACCGAUUUCCACCUAUCAUCCCAAUCAGGACCACCGAAAGGGAGGGGGGGAGUCUGCCAGUGCAUUGCACCGGGGUCCAUGGGGUCUUUGGGGAGCCCAAAGGUAAAGAAGGGUCCCCGCCCCCCCAUCUCUGCCUUUGGGCCCUUUACCUACUGGCUGCAGGGAUGGGAGCCCUAAACUAUUCCUGCACCGUCACAUUUCAAUUCUCUCGGCGGCCCUGAUUCCAACCAUAUAUUUGUCCAGUCUUCUUUUAAAGCUCUCUAAUGACUCGACACUAACAACCUGAUUACUGAGUCUGUUUAGUUAAUCUCCCAUUCUAUUGUAUUAACAGUAGAAUUAAAACAGAUAGCAAAGCAGAGUCGAUAUGGGUAGAUAUUAAGGAAGGAUCACAGUCAGUAGUACUGGGAGUAGUGUACAGACCACCGACCAGUACAAAGGAAAUUAACACCUCACUGUGGCAGGAAAUAAAUAGAGCAGGAAGGUACAGUCAGGUAUGUGUAGUACGAGAUUUUAAUUUUAGGAAUAUCGACUGGAGUCUGAUGGUGGGUAACAAGGAAGUAGAGGAAUUUCUAAAGUUAAUUUAGGAUAAUUUUUUUAAAAACAGGUAGUUGUAGAACCCACAAGGGGGAAUAGUAUUCUAGAUUUAAUUCUUACUAACACGGAGGAAGCAGUCACGCAGGUAGAAGUUGGAAGAUAGUUAGGUAACAGUGACCAUUAGAAAAUUAGUUAAAAUGAGAAAAAAACUUUUAGAAGUAAAAACACUAGUAAAAUACCUGACUUUAGGAGAGCAGAUUUUGAGGAAUUAAAAAGGUACCUCCAAGGAGUGGACUGGCAAGGGAUGCAGGGCGAGGUCAGGUCCGGGACGGAGUUGAGAGAGAUAAGGCAGGAUGAGAGAGGUGAGGUGAGGUGUGAGAGUAAAAGACAAGAGGAGGGAAGAUGUGUCCCGGAAGGGGCGGAGGAGAGAGAGAGAGGAAGAGAGGUGUGAGUAUGUUGGAGGGUCGGAUCAUGCUGAAAUGGGAGAGGUGAGAUCGAGGCGAGUAGAUGAGAGAGUGGAGAGGAUGGAAGGGGGCGAGAUGAGGGGAUUAGGUGAAGUAAAUGUAGAUGAGUUGUAUAAAUAUUUCAUAGAUAAAUUGCAUACAGGACAGUUAGCAAACAUCCCAUAUAGAGCAAUAAGAUCACAGAAAAAUUACCUUAAAUGGAUGACUUCUAGUUUAAAACAUUAUAUAGGGCGGAAGAGAAGUAUAUAUAAGAGAUUAAGGGCAGGUGAAGAAGUUUUAAGUCCACAAUAUAAUGAAUUAGUUAGAACAGUCAGGAGGUUAACGAGGAAAGCUAAGGGCAAUUAUGAAUUAAAGGUAGCCAGGCAGGCGAAGACGUACCCCAAGGGACGAAGAAUAAGGAUACUAUAGGUCCAUCAAAGGCAGCAGAUGGGGAGCUGGUUAGUUCUGGGGAGGAGAUUAGUAAAAUUCUGAAUGAGUAUUUUUUAAAUGUCUUCACCCAGGAAAACAUGCAGGAUAUGCCAAACAGUGAACAGAUGUUUAGAGCAGAUGAGAAUGAGAAGCUGACAGAUAUUUCCAGAACUGAGGAGAUAGUGGAACAGGAGAUAGAUAGGCUAAAAAAAAAAAAAACUCAAGACACCAGGACCAGAUGAAAUGUAUCCCAGAGUACUUAAGAAAUGCAAAGAGGUUAUUAGUGAGCCGUUAGUUUCUGUCUUUAGGAAAUCACUUGAGUCAGGUGAGGUACCAGUAAUGUGGAGGCAGGCUAAUGUAGUACCUAUCUUUAAGAAAGGAGAUAAAACUUUAGCGUCUAACUAUAGACCUGUCAGCGUAACUUCAGUUGUGGAUAAAAUAUUGGAGUCAAUAAUAGCGAGGAACAUUAGGGAGCAUUUAGACAAACAUAACUUGAUUAAUCAAUCACAGCAUGGUUUCACGAAGGGGAAGUCUUGCCUGACGAACUUGUUAAGUUUUUACAGUAAAGUGUACGAGGCAUAAUGGUGAUAGUUAUGACAUCUUAUAUCUGGACUUUAGUAAAGCAUUUGACAAGGUACCCCAUCAAAGGCUCCUGAGAAAGGUUAGGGCACACGGAAUAGAUGGGAGGGUGUUAGGCUGGAUAGGGUCAUGGCUUAGCGACAGGCGACAAAGAGUUGUAAUAAACGGCUCUAAAUCCGAGUGGGGUCAUAUAAUUAGUGGGGGUGCCAUAGGGCCAUUGUUGUAUUAGGGCCAUUGUUGUUUUUAAUAUAUAACAAUGACUUGGAUAGUGGAAUUAGUAGUGAUGUUAGUAAAUUUGCGGAUGACACAAAGAUAGGUAGAUUAAUUAGGUCAGAAUCGGAUGCCAUCGCCUUGCCCGCAGAUUUAGAUAGGAUGAAUGAAUGGACGGACAGAUGGCAAAUGCAGUUUAACAUCAAAUGCAAAGUACUUAGCGUAGGUAGAGGAAACCCACACAGUAGGUACACAAUAAACAACGAAACUCUGGUAGGUACAGGGUACGAGAAAGAUUUAGGAGUUAUAGUUAGCUCUGAACUCCGUCUAGGAAAACAAUUCAUAGAGGCUAGAAACAGGGCAAAUAGGGUAUUAAGAUGAAUUUUUAGGAGUGUUGAAAGUAGAAGACCCGAAGUAAUAUUAAAGUUAUACUUGGCUCUGGUCAGACCUCAUCUACAAUACGCUGUGCAGUUCUGGUCCCCACAUUACAUAAAAAUAUAGGUCUAUUAGAAUCAGUACAGAGGAGAAUGACUAAAAGGAUACAGAGGAUUAGGAGUAUUCCUUACGAGGCGAGACUGAAGCUGUUAAAUUUACAUUCUUUAGAAAGACGUAGGUUAAGAGGGGACCUGAUAGAAGUCUUUAAGUGGUAUAAGGAUUAUAACAAGGGGGAUGUAAGCAAAAUUCUUAGGAUCAGCAACCAAGAUAGAACAGGAAAUAACGCGUUCAAGCUUGAAAAUAGAGUGGUAGAUGAGUGGAACGGACUCAGUAAUCAUGUUAUUAGUGCUAAGACAUUAGGGAGCUUUAAGAGAAGAUUAGACGGGUUUAUGGAUGGGGAUGAUAGGUGGAAAUAGGUAGGUAUAUUUCAUACAGGGACUGCCACGUGUAAGCCUGGUCGCUUCUUGCAGCUUCCCUUAUUUUUUCUUAUGUUCUUGGGUUCUUAUUGAUAACCAAUUCUUACUUCUCUUUUAAAACUUACAUGCAGAUGUUACAAUUCACGACAGUCAGGUGAUGCAAUUGGGUUGACAAGAUUACGUGGGAUUAUUUGAGAUGUCAAAAGAUCGGUUUGUUGAACAUGAUAUUGUGAUACGGUAGUUAUGAUUCGUUAUAUGAUCAUCUUUGGUCAUUCCGUCUCGUUAACUUUAAAUUCGGGAUUAAUUUAUCAGUGUACGUUAUUGUUUGUUCACACACACACACACACACACACACACACGCGCGCGUAUUUCCAACACUACCAUUGUAAUAGGUUCUGAUAUAAAUUCAGCAUCGUUCCUAAUUAUGAUGGAAAGUUUUUAACAGUGUAUUCAACACUGAUGUCUCACGUUCAGUAAAGUACAGUUUAGUA